CUGUGGAGUUUUUCUGUGGGCUCUGAGUCAAGAGGAUUCAAAUGGCCCAAGAGUUUAAUGAGCUGGUAGCAUAAAAACAUUAGUCAUUUGGCUGCCCAGUUUCUCCACCUGCUCCCCUACGGGAUGUUGUUGAGAGUGACAUCUGAAACACCUGCUUCGAUCCCAUUUACAAAGUCAGUAAAACAGUCAAUCAAGCUGAAGAGCUGGUAAAACACGACUGUGCCCUUGAAGCAUGGGCUGCGGCACUUGUCUCUUUAUUGAGCCUAUAAUUCACCUGUGACAUCGUGUUGAUUUAUCGCAGUUAGAAGGGAUGGGAUUGUGGAUAUUGCUGAUGGUUGUUUGUGGCCAGCAAAAGUGUUUGUCUGCUGCGUGGCAUGGGGGAGGGGGGACAGGCUACAGCUGGAAGUAUAUAUAACCCAGUUGGGACCAACAGAGCACGUACAAGUCUUCUUCCCACCUGAGGACCACCGUGAGACUCAGAGACACUUUCAGCGACAGCGUCCUGUAGAUAUGAAGUGUAACCAUCUCCUGUCCUGGGCCUUCCUGCUCGUGGCCUCUGGCCCACUGCUGGCCCACCCCAUCACAGAAUCUGCGGAGAUGCCCUAUCCAGGACCUGCAUCAGUGGAGGACCGAGGAGUCGGCGCUCUGGACGAUCUGUCCCUCUCUGAGCAAAGCUUCCCUCCUCAGGACGGUGCUGGUCUCAGAUAUUCCUCUCUGAUAUCUGGGGAGUUUAACAGAGACGGCGUCAGAACAACAGGCCUGCUUCCUCGAGGGAUGAAAAGAGAGGUCCUAUUGGAGAAACAAAGUCUCCUAAAUCCUUUCAGCCACGUGCUGGGCAUCCGGAAACAGUUCAGAAAGAGAGCAGGGAAUUCUGAAUGUUUCUGGAAAUACUGCGUCUAAAAAAAAAUGUCAACAGGCAUCAAUGCCACACACAAGAGACAGGGCUUGCACUAAAACCAAAACCCCUAUCUUGCACUCACAGGCAGACAAAAUAACAAACAUCAUGCAUGCAUACACUGUGCAUAUGCAUGCCCAGGUGCAUGAACUCAAACAUACACACUCACAUACAU